UUAUCCAUAAAAAAACGCCUUUUCGCAUCAAGACGUGCUGUAUUUCAUUUGAAUUUGACACGUCUCCGUUUUUCAAUUUUUUUUUAGAUUACCUUUUAGAUCUGAUCAUGGUCAAUACUUCAACUGCACUUGUGAGAGACAACUUUGACUCCAUUUCAGAGAGACAAAGCGCAACUCUUAGCCAGUCCACUACGCCAAAGAAAACCAAAACAAAAAAAUUACAAGCAGCUCAUUACAGUAAAGAGGAAGAAGACCAACCUAUAUCAUAUAAUGGAUUUCAGCAGUUGUUUAAUGGACAAGAGUCUUUGGAAACCAUGCUCUAUCGAAAACAAUCCUUUGAAGCAUAUUGGUCAAAGAUGGAUCAAACCAUCAAUAAUAUUUUAUUAGAUAUGAAUCAACAUGCUGUACAGAACAUUUGUGAUUUUGUUGACAAGGAUCAUAGUUUGAGUAAUAGGUAACAACAGGCUUGAACAUAGGUCAUUGGCUUAACUCUCAAUAGCUCUAUACUAUUACCUUUUCAUGAAAUCCCAACAGGUCUUGUUUUUGCUGGUAUUAAUACACCAGAUCAUGGCAA